AUGGCUCACAGCAAACCUCAGGCGGGGACGUCUAGGGGAAUCAAGAGUCUUUUGAAUCCGUUGAAAUGGAGGAAAAAGCUCGGCCUUGAUUCUCGGAGCUUUCUCAUGAUGCUAAAAGGUGCUUUGGCACCUACGAUCACGAUUGCUAUAUACCAAAGCGAUGCGAUCUCGAGCAUUACCACAACGAUUGGCUAUUUAUCAGCCUUGAUUUCGGUGCUCUCGCAGGGAUUGAUGCCUCGGGCGAAGUUCAUGAAGAUCAUGUUCUUCGACCUACUAUCCACCUGCGUAUCUGCUUCACUUUGCUGCCUAGCUGUCUUCUGUUCCGUUAAGGCAAGGGCGCACAAUACUCCUGCUGACGCAAGUGAGGUUGUGCGCACUGGGUACAGUAGCGAUGCUUGUGCGGUAGCUGCCAUAUGGCUUGUUGUUAUGAUUUGGGGGGCCAAUGCACUGCGCGCACUGAAACCGAUGGAGUUGCAAGACCCCAUGGUCGCUUUCUCGAUUUUUGCUUCAGUGACUCUUACUCGUGCUGGUACAUUCAUCACCCUGUCAGAGGGCCUGGAAUUUAUUUCGAAAUUAUUAAAGGGUUUCAUGAUUGGCUUUGCGAUCGCUACCGGCGUAUCUCUUCUCAUCCUCCCCAUCACCAGCCGAGGCAAUGUCUUCCACGACAUCAAAGAAUAUGUCUCUUCCGUUGAAGGAGUGUUGCAGGCACAAACAUCCUUCGCUGCAGGUAGUGCAGCCACUGGGUUGUUUUCAGGAAACGGAUUCCUCCGCCGAGCUCGAACCGCCAUGAGCACUCGAGACAUGCAGAGCGAGGGCGACACUGAUCUGCAAUGCAAGCAAAAACAGCUACAGGCGGCUAUGAACAAACUCAACGGCCUACACAGCAAGUUGCAUGCCGACCUGUUUUACUCCAAGGACGAGAUUGCGUGGGGCAAGUUAUCCCCCGAAGAUUUGAGUACAAUCGCUUCGCUUUUCCGAAGCUUACUUCUUCCACUGGCUGGAAUGUCAAUGCUGCCGGAGAUCCUGGAGAGCAUAAUCAAGAAUGAAGGACCGCGUGACGGCGAGGACGGAGCAGAAAGUCUCAAUGGGACAGGGGAGAAUGCGCUGAAGCACUCGGAGAUCCAAAAAGUAGUGGAGACGCAUCACGCACGGCUUGUGGAUGCCGCUGAACUUGUCAAGCUGGGACUGGUUCAUUUCUUGCUGACCCUGGAGCUUAUUUCAGCUAAGCAUUUGGAUAAGCAAAAAAAGCCGCAUCAAGGUGGAUCACCCGCCAGGGACGAGGAAGCAAGGGGCCAAAACCUCCAUCCCCUUCAGUCAGAUUUUACGUCACGCUUUGAGCAGGAUCUGCGCAGCUAUUACUCGCGAAGGAAACAUCUUCCACGGGCCCUAGCUUCGCUAGAGGCCUUUUCGGCUUCUGAGAAAUAUACCGACCAGACAGAGCCUGGGUCGGGUCACACAAUUCCCGCAGGUGACCCCGACGUACGCCAGGAAUUCUUCCUCAUCCUGUACAUGAGCCAUCUGCAGGAUGAUAUGCUCAAUGCCACAUUGAAUUUGAUGAAGUUUGCCAACGGCAAGGUGGCUGAUGGGACAAUGAAACGGUCCCGUCUCAUCUUCCCAAGGCAGGUUUCUAUCCGGGAGUGGUUCUCACUGCGCGGCGAGAAGGACAGGGUGAAGGGGAAUUUGUCGGCCAGCAGGCAAUCAUCCCAUGUGGACCCUUCGAAUAUCCAUCGUGAAUCACCAUUGACUGGCUUCCCCGAUCCGGAACACCUCCCACCGGCGAAUAUCUGGGAGAAGGGGAGCAUGGUACUGCGAGCUAUUUCGCAUGUCAUCAAGUCCGAUCAGAGUACCUUUGGAUUCCGGGUAUCCGCAGCUUCGUUUUCUGUUGGAAUCCUCGCCUAUUUACGUCAGACCCAAGACUUUUUCAUUCGCCAGAGAUGUAUUUGGGCGAUGAUUGUUAUUGUCAUCGGCAUGAGCCCAACUAGCGGCCAGACAAUGUUUGGAUUCGUUGCUCGUAUCAUUGCAACCGUCAUAUCUCUUGUUCUCAGUCUCAUUGUGUGGUACAUUGUGGAAGGGAAGACAGCAGGUGUUAUUGUCUUUCUGUACAUUGCUAAUGUGAUUUUGUACUAUCCCUAUGUUAAAAUACCCCAGUACUUUGGUCCAUCUGUCAUCGCUAUCGUCACAUUCAAUGUGAUUAUCGGCUACGAACUUCAGGUUGCCAAACUGGGAGUCGUCGCAGCUGAGGAAAAUGGACAACCAUACUACCCAAUCUAUUUGUUCGGGCCGUACAAACUAGCCGCUGUCGCCGCAGGCUGUGCGAUAUCCUUCUUCUGGGUCAUCUUUCCAUACCCGAUUACUGCCAAAUCGCAGCUACGCAAGCUCCUAGGCCGGAGUCUCUUCGUCCUCGCCAGAUUCUAUAGUGCCAUGCACUCAACAAUAGAGCUGUGGCUCGCAGGCGAACUAGGCAAUAUAGAAGACGAGACCUCGCCUGCACAUCAUCUCCAAAAGUCUCGACACAAGAUCUUCAAGGAAGAGAUGAUGCUUCUCACCGGUCUACGCAUGCAUAGUCACUUUAGUACCUUUGAGCCUCCGAUCGGCGGCAAAUUCCCAAAGGAGAUCUACGACAAUAUUAUUUCCGAAAUACAACGCAUUCUGACUAGUAUGUCGCUUAUGGCGCACACAACGCAGAACCUGGAUGCUCUCUCCAUUGAGAGUGAAAAUUCAGAGCACGAGAGCGAUGCUCCGUGGAUGGCGCAGCUCGCAGAGAUUGCUCUGAAGUCUGCGGAUUUCAAUUCUCAUCAGAUCACAUCGUUGUUAUGUCACCUGUCAGCUGCGAUCACCAAUGCUCAGCCGUUGCCACCAUACCUAUCAACACCAGAAAGCUUCCCACUGGCACGUCAAAUGCAAAAGAUUGACGACAAGUUGCUCAACAUCUCACAUAUUGAAGACCCUUCUUUCUCGGCUUUUGUCGCACUUGAAGUUCUCAGGUCUGUCGUGUCCUUCAGCUUGCAGGAUCUCCUCGAUAACAUGCGGAAACUGGUUGGAGAGCUAACCUUCGAUGCGUAUCCACGGCGGAGGUUGCAACAAGAGGAGUCGGCUCAUCUGCUACAGAGACCAAGUCAGGAUGAAGGGCGUUGA